UGUUAUCCUUCCGCGAGUCGGACUAUGACACCGCGCUAAGGAGCCGGAGGACCGCGCAGCCCCGGGGUGGGACUGGGAGGAGCAAAGCCUCUAAACUUUCAGUGCUUGGUGGCCGAAAAGCACCAGAGGGCACAGCUUGAUUCCACGAAGCAAAUAAGAACUCAACAAUGUCUACGCCGCCUCUCGCAGGAGCAGGAAUGCCCCCUGGCCCGUUUUCAGGACCCCAGGCUCAAGCUGCACGGGAAGUAAACACAGCUUCUUUGUGUCGCAUUGGUCAAGAGACUGUGCAGGAUAUUGUAUUUCGCACCAUGGAAAUCUUCCAGCUACUGAGAAAUAUGCAGCUUCCAAAUGGUGUCACUUAUCAUACGGGCACAUACCAAGAUAGAUUAGGAAAGCUGCAAGAACACCUCCGUCAACUUUCGAUCCUUUUUAGAAAACUGCGAUUAGUAUAUGACAAAUGCAAUGAAAACUGUGCAGGACUUGACCCUAUACCAAUAGAGCAACUCAUUCCUUAUGUUGAAGAAGAUGGCUUCAAGCAUGAUGAUCGAGGAGCAGCCAGCCAGUUUCAGCUUGCAAGUGAAGAAAGAAGGGAAAUCAUGGAAGUGAACAAGCUAGCCUGGAGAUUUCUCUCAAGAAGAAGAAGCUGGCUGGAGGGCCGGAGAUGUGGCCAUGAGGUCCGACUGCAGGCAAAUCUCUCUGCCAAUCCGGGCAAGCCAGGAGGGAAGGAAACUUGAAACCUUUACCAUGGUUUUGAAACUGAAACAGAAGAAUCAACAGCUGAAGCAAAUUAUGGAUCAAUUACGGAAUCUCAUUUGGGACAUAAAUGCCAUGUUGGCAAUGAGAAACUAAAAUGUAUGUUUUUCUUAUUCUAACAGUUUAUUUUCUUUGUUUUAAAAAGAGGUAUUUUCUAAGAGUCCUGUGCUUUGCAUUAUCUUUAUCCCAGUCUUAAUAUAGAGUCUUCUGAAAUAUGUAAACGUGUGUACAGUUUUUAUGUAUAAAAAUGAGUGAUGCUGUAUAUGAUAUUUGUAACCCAUUGGUUAUAUUUUGAUUAUAAUGUUGACUAAUUGUGAAGCUUAUACAAUAAAUUCAUUAUGAAAAUCAA